AAUCACACACUGUAGACUGUCAGAGGAUGAACGACUGCGCUAUCACAUUGCCCGCUGAAGACGACAAGUGGUUAAAUUUCCAGAAUGUAAACCACAAGGAACGAGUGCCCUUUAUCGUCUACGCAGACCUCGAGUGUGUGCUGCGGAAGACGCAACAUGAUACAGAGCAAGCGUCAUACACAUAUCAACAACAUGAGGUAUUCAGCAUCGGGUAUUACGUGCGAUGCUCAUACGAUGACACGUUAUCCACGUACCGGUUUCGUCGCGAUAAAGAUUGCGUCGCAUGGUUCACUAAACAACUUGAAAAAUUAGCGUAUAAUGUUAAGACUCGUUUAUCAACUAAUAUCCCCAUGGAAACGUUAUCAGAGGAACAAUUGGAGGCAUACCAUAGCGCGACGCGGUGUCAUAUCUGCGAUAAGCCAUUCGCGUCGGAUGAUACGCGGGUGCGCGAUCAUUGUCAUUUGACUGGUCGUUACCGCGGUCCUGCACAUUCUCUCUGUAAUUUAAAUUAUCGAAAUGCAUCAUACAUGCCUAUUAUUUUUCAUAACUUAUCUGGAUACGAUUCGCAUUUCAUUAUUAAGGAAAUAGCCACAGCGUUCAAAGGGAAGACUGACGUACUUCCCAUCACGAAAGAAAAGUACAUUUCUUUUACAAAACAUGUCGUAGACACAGCCGAUAAAUUAGAUCCACACAAUUACAUAAAACUACGGUUCAUAGAUUCAUAUAAAUUUUUAAAUACUAGUCUCGAAAAAUUGGCAUCAUUUCUAGGCAAAGAAAAAUUAAAAAUUGUACGUUCCGAAUUUUUACACUUAUCUGAUGAGGAUUUUGAUUUAUUGACACGAAAAGGUGUAUUUCCGUAUGAGUACGUUGACUGCGUGAACAAGCUGCAGGACACAUGUUUACCGCCGCGCGAAUCAUUUUUCAGUUCCCUGACCUCUGAUACUGUAUCCGAGAGCGAUUACAUGCACGCUGAGAAUGUCUGGAAGCGAUUCUCCGUUCAAACGUUGGGUGAAUACAGCGAUCUAUAUUUGAAAACGGAUGUGUUAUUGUUAGCUGACAUUUUUGAAAAUUUUCGCGAUAAAUGCUUAGAAAGUUACGGUCUCGAUCCAGCACAUUAUUACACUCUCCCCGGAUACACGUGGGACGCUAUGUUAAAAUAUACAAAAAUUACUUUCGAACUGCUUACUGACAUUGACAUGGUAAUGUUCAUCGAACGCGGUAUACGCGGCGGUCUCAGUCAAUGUUCAGGCAGAUAUGCACAGGCUAACAACAAAUACAUGCAGACGUACGACCCAUCGAAACCAUCCUCAUAUCUUAUGUAUUUUGACGUUAAUAAUUUGUAUGGUUGGGCGAUGUGUCAGCCGCUGCCAUAUGGGGAAUUUCAAUGGAUCGAAGUCUCGAAUUUUGACAUAAAUGCGAUCGCUGCUGAUUCACCAACGGGAUACAUUCUCGAAGUUGAUCUCGAGUAUCCCCGAGACCUUCACGACGAGCACGCUGACCUAUCUUUCUGCCCAACACGCGAUAAACCGCCAGGCAAGCGUGAAUGUAAACUUCUCGCUACGCUGUAUGAUAAGGAACGUUACGUCAUACAUUACCGCAACCUGCAGCAGUGCAUGCGUCACGGUCUUCGUAUAGCAAAGAUACACCGUAUAUUACAAUUCGCACAAUCUCCAUGGCUCUGUAAAUACAUAGAGUUAAAUACACGAUUCCGGACACUCGCCAAAAAUGAUUUCGAAAAAAACUUGUAUAAAUUAAUGAAUAAUGCGGUGUUUGGUAAAACCAUGGAGAAUGUGCGCAAUCAUGUUGACGUUAAGUUGUUGACAAAAUGGGUGGGACGGUAUGGUGCGGAGACAAUGAUCGCGAAACCAAAUUUUCAUAGUCGGAGUGUUUUUGCAGAAAAUUUAAUCGCCGUUGAACUUAGAAAACUCGAGGUGAAAUUAUAUAAGCCGAUUUAUGUAGGCAUGUGUAUCCUAGAUAUUUCUAAGACGUGUCUAUAUGAAUUUCACCACGAGUACAUGCUACCUCUGUAUCGUGACAAAUGUAGAGUCAUGUAUACUGACACCGACAGUCUCAUAUACCUCGUCGAGUGCGAGGAUAUUUACGAGACGAUGAAACGUGAUAUUGCUAGGUUCGACACAAGCGAUUAUCCGGUCGACAACGCGUACGGUAUGCCUCUCGAGAAUAAAAAAGUUCCGGGCUUGAUGAAAGAUGAGAAUAAUGGCGUGAUAAUGACUGAGUUCGUUGGACUUAGAGCAAAGAUGUAUGCGUUAAAGGUAGAUGGAAAGAAGGACACUAAAAAAGCGAAAGGUGUCAAGAAUAAUGUAGUAACGCGAACCAUAACAUUUGAUGAUUAUACCCAGUGUUUGAGAGAUGAGAUCGAGAUGACGCGUAGCCAAUCAUGUAUAAGAUCCAAGCUACAUAAAGUAUAUACGGUGUCCGAAACAAAAAUCGCUCUAAGUCCAUAUGAUGACAAGAGAUACCUUAUACCCGAUUCAGUUGAAACGUUACCGUGGGGACAUUAUCGAAUACCACUAUAAUAUCUUUAACAUUAUAUGCACAUUUAAAUUACAUGCACAUUAAAAAUAAUUAUAUAUAUAUUUUUAUGUUA